CACUCCCACAAGACAAGCAUUAAGAUGGAACUCACGGCUAGCUUGCUGCUUCACAUAGUCAAUCCUUGUGCCCCUCCAGCCUCAGAUCAGCUCCGCUCAGCCUGCUCAGCUUGCUCAGCCUGGCCGACUCAAGUCAUCGGACGGCUAGCCAAUUCGGAACCAUCGACCCCGACUGAACCGACUCGAUCGGUGGAUCGGUGGAGGUCGGCCCAAACUUGUCACCCACCACUCCUUCUUCCGCACAUACAAUGUCCCUCGACCGCUCCGCCGUCCACAACUUUGCCGCGGGCCCCUCGCCUCUGCCCACCUCGGUGUUGGAGGAGGCGGCGCGCGGCCUGCUCAAUUACAAUGGCACGGGGAUGGGCGUGUGCGAGCUCUCUCACCGCGGGAAGGAGUUUAAGGCGAUCAUUGAGGGGGCUGAGGCCGACCUCCGCUCGCUUCUCAAGCUCCCCGACUCGCACGCCGUGCUCUUCAUGCAGGGCGGCGGCACGACGCAGUUUGCCAGCGUCGUGCUCAACGUCCUUGCUGCCCGCCGUCUCGCGCACGCGUCCACGCCUACGGAGCAGUACGAGCCGCCUGUGCUCGACUACGUCGUCUCGGGCUCGUGGUCGGCCAAGGCGUACGCCGAAGCGCAGCGCCUCGCGCUCAACGGCGACGGCAAGCCGUUCUGCGUGCCCCGCCUCGCCGCGUCCUCCAAGGAGGCAAAGUACACGUCGCUCCCCUCCGCAUACGACUUCAGCGCGGGUGCCGCCCUCGCGUUCUACUGCGAAAACGAGACGAUCAACGGCGACGAGUUCGCCGGCGUGGCCGGCACGGAUGCAUCCUUCCCCUUCGACAAGGUGCCAAAGGACACGGUGCUCGUGGCCGACUACUCGUCGUCGUUCCUCUCGCGCCCGAUCCCGAACAUCGCGCAACACGGCAUCAUCUACGCCGGCGCGCAGAAGAACCUCGGCCCGUCGGGCGUCACCGUCGUCCUCGUCCGCCGCGACCUGCUCGUCGACACCACCGCGGCGAUGAAGCUCGGCGGCGUCCCCGCCGUCCCCAUCCAGAGCGAGUACAAGACCCUCGCCGACAACGGGAGCCUGUACAACACGCCGCCCGUGUUCCCGAUCUACGUGUCCGCCCUCGUGCUGCGCCACCUCGUGGCGCAGGGCGGCCUCGACAAGGUCGCCGAGGUGAACAAGGCCAAAGCCGACGCGCUGUACGCGAGCCUCGACGCCGCCGAAGCCACGGGCGCCGUCACGUGCGUCGUGCGCCAGAAGGCCGCGCGCAGCUGGAUGAACGUCCCGUUCAACAUCACGAACGGGCGCGAAGCCGAGUUCCUCAAGGGCGCCGAGGCGCGCGGAUUCCGCCAGCUCAAGGGCCACCGCAGCGUCGGCGGCAUCCGCGCCAGCAUUUACAACGCCGUCACACUCGAGAGCGUGCACAAGCUCUGUGCGUACAUUGACGAGUUUGCCGCCGCGGCUUAGGCUCGAGGUGGGGGGUUGAGGAGCGGGAUUCCGACUUGUUGAAGGGAAAACUUUGUGAUGUAUAGACGUGACUUCGUGGAGA